AUGCCGUUUCCAAUCAUGACCGCGACGCUGCAGGCGGCAGCCCUAUCAACAGCCUCCAAUUUCUGUGCCCAAUUCAUUGAGGCAUACUGGAACAAACGCAUCUUCCAUCUGGACCUCAUCCAGCUCUUCCGAUUUAUCGUAUAUACACUCAUCACCGCUCCGCCAAACUACCUAUGGCAACAAUUUCUCGAAAGGUCCCUACCGGCGCGUCCUUCUAUCCAACAGUCACAUGAUUAUGGAGAUAAGGAUAUUGAACUCAGAGAGAUGGAAGAAGCAGCUACCGGGCCUUCUAUUGGCGGGGGAUCGCAGUCGCAACCUGCGAGAACGGCUCAGUCCAAGUUCAGUAUCCGAAAUACUCUGGCCAAGUGGUUCAUCGAUUGCAUCACUGCUGGAGCCAUUAUGAAUACUGUUGCAUUCUUGGUCAUCAUGGGUUUGUUAAAAGGCCAACCAAUGGCUCAGAUAUCUUCCAACAUUAAAUCGGAAACAAUUCCUAUCAUCAUAGCAGGAUAUAAAAUUUGGCCAAUUGCCUCGAUUGUUAGCUUCAGCUUUGUCCCAGUUCACCGCCGUAUUGUGUUUCUGAGUUUCAUUGGCCUUCUGUGGGGCAUUUACAUGAGUUUGGUCGCGGCAAGAGUUUAG